UGUGAUUGGUGUGUUUCGAAGCUCAAAGAAUCUGUAUCCAAAACCCUAACCGAAAUCGCAUAUCCGCCAGAACGUCAAGACCAUUAUUCCAGUUAGCCUUUCGACAAUUUAUUAAUUUUAUAUAAUUAGAAUACGGAAACAAGAAUAAACGCACCAUGGCUGAUGAAAACAGAAUUCGUUCGUUCAAAAACAAAGGCAAGGACUCAGAGGAAAUGAGAAGAAGAAGGAUUGGCCAAACCGUAGAAUUAAGAAAGGCCAGAAAGGAUGACCAGUUACUCAAACGUAGAAACAUAUCAGCCGUUGAGGAACCUACCUCACCACUUCAAGAGAACAAUCAAACUUCCCCUGUAACCAUGACUGCCGAAGAAAUCCUCUAUGGCAUGAUGAGCCCCGACGAGAACAUCCAAUUAAGAGCCACCAUGGCCUGCAGAAAGACCCUGAGUCGGGAAAGAAGCCCUCCCAUCGACCACAUGAUCAGACUGGGCGUCGUACCAAAAUGCGUCGAAUUCCUCGGCAAAAGUCAUAACCCCGCUUUGCAGUUUGAAGCUUGCUGGGCGCUCACCAACAUUGCGUCCGGUACGUCGGAACAAACGCUGGCCGUCGUUCACGAGGGGGCCAUUCCGAAGUUGCAACUGUUGCUUUCAUCGCAACGUGCUGAUGUCGCCGAACAGGCAGUCUGGGCUUUGGGUAACAUUGCGGGAGACGGUCCAGUCACCCGCGACAUGUGCUUGAAUUGCAACGUCUUGCCCGAUUUAUUGAAUCUCAUUAAGCCAGAUACUACACUGUCUCUGUUAAGGAACACAGUUUGGGCUAUUUCAAAUCUCUGCAGGAACAAAAAUCCUAGCCCAGACUUUAACAUGGUUAAAGCAGCCCUCCCCACAUUGGCGAAGCUGUUGACCUAUGGAGAUAAGGAUGUUUUGGCAGACACGUGCUGGGCUCUGAGCUAUCUUACUGAUGGAACCAAUGAGAAGAUUCAAGCUGUGCUGGAUACUGGGUUGAUUGAUAGAUUGGUGCAAUUACUUUCCAGCGACGUUAACACUGUGCUCACGCCAGCUUUGAGAGCGGUGGGAAAUAUAGUGACAGGAAAUGAUCAUCAGACUGACGUUGUUAUUAACGCUGGAGCCUUGAAUGUUAUGGGAAAGCUGCUGCAACACUCUCGCCUCAACAUCGUGAAAGAAGCUGCCUGGACCAUAUCUAACAUAACUGCUGGCAACAGUGAACAAAUCCAGAAGGUCAUUGAUGCUGGAAUUCUUCCCCCACUUCUACACGUCCUUCAAACUGGAGACUUCAAAUCGCAGAAAGAGGCAGCCUGGGCGGUUACUAACUACACCAGCGGCGGUACCAUUGCCCAACUUGCCAAACUGGUCGAAAUGGGUGCGCUUAAACCCAUGUGCAAUUUGCUUAAUUCGAAAGAUUACAAAACGGUCACUGUGGUUCUUGACGGAAUUAACAAUAUUCUAAACGCUGCCAACAAAAUGGGUGAAGUUGAAAAAGUAGCCAUCCUUAUUGAGGAAUGUGGUGGGCUUGAUGGAAUCGAAGCACUACAAACGCACGACAACGAGAAGAUUUAUGAAAAAGCUCUUAGCAUUAUUGAGAAUUACUUUUCAGACAAUUGCGUUGAAGAAUUGGGUGGUCCAACAACAGAGGAUGGUCAGAUCGCCUUUGGAGCUCCAUCACAAGUGCCUAACGGUGGAUUUUCCUUCUAGAACGAUAUUUUUGUUAUUCCAGUAAAAUUUUUGUCCAAGGAUUCUAGUGAAUUUUAGCCGAAUCUAGUUAAAAGUCCCAGUAUUUUGUAUUUUAUUUGUUAACAUUAUACACUUAUAUUUUUAUGUGAUUGGCUAAAGAUUUUUUUAAUCCAUUUUUAAAAUAUCAAAUGUAUGUAUUGUGAUCUCUUCAUUCCAAAAUAUAACUAAACGAUUAGAUAUCGGUGAUAAUUUUUAAUGUUUUUGUACUUUUAUAUUGGUCUGUUGUUGUUCAGUUAUACCUGUACUUUUAAAACAAAAGUUUCAUGAGCUUGUUUUACUUAUAUUUUUAGACUUAUUGUCGUACAUACUAUUUAAUCAUGUUCUAUUAAAUGAUCAUUUUUAACAUUGUA